UUGAGACACCCAAGCGCCAGAUUCAAUAUUGACUCGACGCUGAGUUCAUUUGCAUCCGUGAACCUCGACUUCCAACUUUCAGAGACUCUGUACGUCGUUUUGCCAAUACAGCAUUGAGACUUUUCGUCAGUGAUGGUGAUGGGAGUAUGCUGGGAAUGAUCGAGUGCUGCCAUGAAUGCGGAUUUCGGCCAGUAGACUCUGGAUGCAAUUUUGGUUCAUUGGAUGUAAUGUCAAGUGGCGAUCAAUCUCAGCUCUCUCUUGCCUCUCUGAUAGAAUAAGCUUUCCUCUGCCUGGGUGCUCCCUUGACGCAUUCCUGACUAACUCCACUAGGAUCUCGACUCUAAUACCCGUCCAUAAGCAUGCCGAACGCCGUGCAAACCUUCGGGAAAAAGAAGACUGCCGUUGCUGUGGCCCGCACCACCGAGGGCCGUGGUAUAAUCCAUGUCAACGGUUCUCCCAUCAAACUCAUUCAACCUUUCACUCUCCGAACCAAGGUCUAUGAGGCCAUACUUGCGGUCGGGGCAGACGCCUAUACUCGUAUCAAUAUUCGCGUCCGUGUCAGUGGUGGUGGUCAUGUCUCUCAGAUCUAUGCCGUUCGGCAAGCGAUAGCGAAGUCUCUCAUUGCCUACUAUUCCAAAUACGAAGAUGCUGCGGAGGCUUUGAGCCUAAAGAAGGCCAUAAUUGCUUAUGACAGAUCGUUGUUGGUUUCUGACCCUCGGCGUAUGGAGCCGAAGAAAUUCGGUGGUCGUGGUGCUCGUGCUCGGAGACAAAAGAGUUACCGAUAGAUGCUUCCCUUGGGCGAUUCUAUGGCUACUAUUCAUUUCAUCGUUCCAUCAUCAUAUUAUGUCGUUAUGGCAUGCAUUUUUAUGAUAUAAAAAGCAUCUCGCAAUGGUUGCCUUGUCUAGGAUUGUUUUUCGUGAUUUUUUCACCCGGAAACGCUCUGUUUUGUCCUAGACCUACCAACUUGACCACGUUGGUUGUGAAGCGAGCAAUCUAUGGUCGUCUUAUCGGCUUUGCAUGGUUUACAGCAACUCCACAGGAUGAGGACUGUUUAUGGGGCUUCAACAGUUGGUAUGGUAUCGAUUCCAAGGAUUGUGUAUAGAUUUACAUACAUUUGGCAUAGUCCCUUCCGCCCUCUACUCUAUACCAACUUGUUC